UUUAAAGGCCACUGAGACUCCUUUAGCUGAGUCACAGAGCUGAGGCUGCAGGAGAACGGACCUGGCGCACCGGGCCCUGGCAGGGCUGCAUCAUGGAGCAUGGACUGACUGUCACUCAUGUGAACCUCCAACCUGGACAAAGUGUGGAAGUGAAGGGGACGAUUCUGCCGAGCUGCACCGGCUUCGAGGUGAAUCUGGGCAAAGACUGUGACAACCUGAUCCUUCACUUCAAUCCCCGCUUUAAUUGCAAGGGGGACAUGAACACCAUUGUGUGCAACUCCAAGCGAGACGGUGUGUGGGGAGAAGAGGAGAGAGAAACCAAAUUCCCCUUUGAGCAAGGCGGCAAGUUUCAGGCCUCCUUUAAUUUUGCUUCUAGCGAGAUAAAGGUGACGCUGCCUGAGGACCAAGUGAUCUGCUUCCCGAACCUGUUGGACCUUGAUGUCAUUGACUACAUUGAAGUGGCAGGAGACUUCAAGAUCAAAGUGCUCAAGUUCCCCUGAUGUCGUCCUGACCUGUGGUCUGGCUACAUGUCUGAAGAAAGCCAAAUGUAUUCUUCAGGCUGGACAGAUACAAGUUCUGUUGCACUGCCUUCCCCUUUCUAGCAAGAUGCUGUCCCUUCCGCAGUGAACCCCCUGCUAGGGUUUCCCGACGGCAAAUGACCCAAGAACCUCUUUCUUCCAUGCAUCCGCUGUGACGGGCAGUCUAGGAGGUGGAUCAUUUUUAUUAUACAAUAAACAACUUUUGAGGUUGAA